CACUAAUCAAUCCAUGUAGGGUUAAUGCGGAUGUCAGGAUGAGUAAAUUAAGUUAUUUAAUUUUAUUUAUUGGUGUAGCCACUGUUAGCGGAUUAAGAAGUUACGAUGGCUACAAAGUAUAUCAAAUAGAACCUAAGAAUGAAAAUGAAGUGAAUGUUUUGACUGAAGUUCAAGAUAGUGGAAUCGGAGAGUUUUGGGAAGACUAUUUCGAUGUAGACCACAAAGUGAGGAUCAUGGUGUCAGGUGACAAACAAGGAGUCUUCCUUGGUAAAAUGAAAGAUGCUAACAUCGAAGUUGUGGAGACCAUUUCUGAUGUUGAGAAAGCUGUUCGAAAUCAAAUGAGACCAGCAAUUGCCAGAAACGCUUCAAAUUCAGAACCAUUUUACGGUUUAACAUGGGACAGAUAUCACAACCUUGCAACAAUAAACGCAUGGCUUGAUAGAUUGGUAGCUGCAUAUCCCGACAUCGUAUCCAGUGUUGUUAUGGGAUAUUCUGUUGAGAACAGAGAGAUCAAGGGAAUCAGAAUUAACUACAAACCUAACAGAAAUAAUAAUACAAACUAUAUUGGUAUUCUCGAAGGCACCCUUCAUUCGAGAGAAUGGAUCUGCCCUGCUACAGUGACUUGGAUUAUUAAGGAAUUCUUGACAAGCACCGAUCCAGCUGUUAGGGCGAUGGCUGAGGAUUUGGACUGGCAUAUAUUCCCUGUAGUCAAUCCUGAUGGAUACGAGUACACAUUUAACACGCAUCGUAUGUGGAGGAAGAACCGUAGUCCAGAAAACUUUAAAUCAUGCGCACCAUACGGAGAGCCUGAUGACAUGAGCCAUGGAGUCGACUUGAACAGGAACUUUGAUUUCGCCUGGUUGUCUGUGGGAGCAUCAAACAACUCAUGCUCGAUCACCUACGCCGGGCCGACGGCGUUUUCCGAGCCAGAAUCCCGAGCUAUUGCCCAAUAUGUGCUGAAUUUGAACCAGCAGGGUAGGCUCAUCUACUACCUCGCCUUCCACUCGUACACGCAGCUCAUCGUCAUACCCUACAGCAAUGUAAGGGGCCAUGAAGUUCUCCAAAACAGAAAUUAUGCGGAUAUGUAUGAAAUUGCCAAGAGAGGUGCAGAUGCGGUGUCCAGGAGAUUCGGAACAUCAUACCGAGUUGGAGUAGCGGCAGAUGUAUUGUAUCCGAUGAGUGGAUCCAGCUUUGACUGGGUGAAACUCGUGACCGACAUCCCUGUGUCGUACCUCGUGGAACUCAGGGACAUGGGAGAGUACGGCUUCCUCUUGCCUCCAGAGCAGAUCAUCCCCAACAACUUGGAGAUCAUGGACGGGAUCAUUGAGAUGGACAGAACCACCAGAAUUUUGGGAUACUAUUCUGCUGGAGUUGCUAAUGUUCUUUCUGUAGUUCUGCUUGCAUUCUCUGGUUUGGUUUGUUUAUUAUUUUAACAAACUGUUUCAUAAUCUAUUUUAAUCGUUAUUUCAUAAAAAUAUUGUAAUUCUGUGUUUCAUAAUUAAUUUUUAAUAAAUUAAUUUAAUAUAA